AUGAUGUUCUACACUCAACUCUUCACCUCCAAGCGGGGGCCUCUCGCCAAAAUCUGGCUCGCAGCGCACUGGGAAAGGAAACUCACAAAGGCCCAUAUAUUUGAAUGUAAUUUAGAAACAACCAUCAAGGACAUCAUUUCCCCAAAGAUGAAACUUGGUCUGCGGACCUCCAGUCAUCUGCUCGUUGGUGUGGUCAGGAUCUACUCCAGGAAAGCAAAGUAUCUCCUUGCAGACUGCAGUGAUGCCCUUGUUAAAAUUAAAAUGGCAUUCAGGCCAGGUCAGACAGAUAUGCCUCUGGAGGGGCUUGAAGCAACACUAAAAGCAAUUACUUUGAUUGAAGAUUUCACUGCUUUUGAUUCCCAGCUGCCACAUCUAAGUAACAUCGAUGUUGUGGACCACUUUUCACUGAACCAGUGUCGAUCAGAAGAAAUCACUCUGAAAGAAGAUUUUGGAAGUGGCUUUCUUAACUUAGUAGAUUUCGGAGAUGAUUCCCAGAACCACCAGAAUGGGCUGCUGGAUAUGAGCUUCCAGAGCUUCACUCAACAUGACGAUUUUGGGGAUGAGAACAGAGGACUCGACCUACUCGACUUCCUGACAAACUCCAGUGAUAAUGCUGAGUCCACUGACUUCAUCCUGGAGGAGCCUCAAAAAAGAAAUCCAGAGAUCGCUACACUCAAUCAUCAACAAGAUUGUGAAAGAACGGAGAUGGGGACCCCAACACUGAAUGAGACCACCCUGCUUAAUAACGAGGAGGAGGCCUUUGCACUUGAACCUGUGGCCGUCACUCCAAACUCCGAGAAGAAGAGGGGGAAGAGGAAACGCAAGUUGGUCGUGGACCAGACUAAAGAGCUGACCAAUGAAUGCAUCCGAGGGCAGCUUCUCGACGAUUCCGAUCUGUUUGCCUCUCUGGACAUGGCCCCACCAACCGUGCAGCUCAUGCAGUGGAAGGAGAGCGGCGGUGCAGACAAACUCUUUGCACACCCGUGUUCAAGCGUAGCAGCUCCACAGAUAAAGAAGCUCUUUGCCAAAAGUAUUUUCCAGGUGAAAUCUCUUGUGGUGCGCGAGGAGGUGGAGGGGAUGCGCCACGAUGGACAAGAAGUUCAGAGGGACACGCGCAGCCUCACGACAGACGACGUCAGUGUCGUAGAUUCAUCGAUAGAUCCCGAAACACACAACACCGCGCUGACCGACCUUGAGCACAUGGAUGACAAUCAACUUGAGAAUUAUUCAGAGCACGCACAGGUUCAAAACAGUUCGGAGAUCACUCAUCCAGGGCUUCCAUCAGAGGACUCCAUGUUUGUCCACCCGUCUUGCAUGCAUCAGGAGACUCAGUCCACUUCCCUCCACACUCAGUCUAUGCUGGACAGCCAGGACUUUGAGGAGAGGAGGAUAACCAGACGAACACAGAAGCUUCUGGACAUUCUAAAAAGCGACAGUGACGCCGCCACGUUCAGCCUGGGGGCGCUCUGUGAAGGAGGCACUCGCUCACAGGCUGCAACCACUUUCUUCUGCCUCCUGAACCUGAAGAAACUCAAAGCCAUUCACCUGCAACAGAGAGCGCCCUACGAGGACAUAAUUGCCACACCUGGAGCCAAUUUCUACAAUUAG